UUCUAUAUAGCCAGAGGGUUUUUCCUGAUGAUCGUUCCUAGCAUCCGUAGCUCUGGCAUUAUAGGACAGUGGUCUGCUGAUGCCACCGAACAUGUGCACAUCACGGAGGUCAAAGACCAUGCAAGAUCAACCAACAACAAUAAUUAUGAUUCGCAAAUAUGUCGUUUUCUUGACCGCGCUGAUAAGUGCAAUAGGUUUGAUCUUGCCACCAGUCUUUUGGACCACAAGCUGAGCAUUGAGGAUCUGGAGGUUGUCCAAGAGGAACACGAAGAUGAGGACACCUACAUUGACAUGGAUGCGGACAUCAUCCCCGUGGAUUCUCCGUCCAAGACUCAACAACCUGGUCAGCCACGUCCUAUCACAGACUAUUUCACAAUUACCAAAAUGCUACAGCACAAGGAAGCAGAAUUGAAACCCAUCCCACUAGUACGCUCUUUCAUUGUUGGCCGCACUGCCCUCUAUCUCGCAUACGAUCCUUCCAUUAGGAAUAUUAGCGUCAAUGAAACUGCCAUCAUGUUCAACUUACCAGACCUUCGCCCAGCUCUCGCUGAUUUUCUUCACCAUGAGGUGACAUCUGGACACCAUAUUCAUGUGAUUGGUGGUCCUAGAAGAGCUGGACCCGAUGCUGAACUUCCAUUCAAUAAGCUUCAAGUGUGGUUCAAAAUUCAUUUACAAGAAAUGGACUUUCAUGAUGUCCACAAUAUUUGCCCUGCUCAGACGUUAAACUGUGCACCACCUAGUGGCCCCUGGACUCCAGUCCAUUAUGACACAGUCAUUAUCCAGACCAAUGCAGAGCAGUCAUGGCCUACCAGUGAUCUUUCAGGUCACUCCGUAGCCCAGAUCAGGCUUGUCAUAUGGCCUAUUGGCAAAUGUGGCAUGCCAUGGUCAUGGACAGAUCAGUUCAUCACUUACGUCCAACAAUUCAAUAUCUCGAGUGAACGCAAUCCAGCUAGUCAGCUGCAUGUGCUAAAAAGAUCGAAGCACUCUAAUGGCACUCAGAUGGGGGACAUCAUUCCAGUCUCUCAGCUGAGAGCACCUGUCCAUCUUGUCCCCUGCUUUGGCACCACUGCGGAUAUGUGUUUCACUGCCUACAACAGCAUGGAGCACGCCACCGAGUUUUGGCUAAACUAUUUUUGGGACAAAAAUAUCUUUUUGCACUGUCAGUCUAAUUGCGCUGAGUUCAUUGUGGGAACAACAAAACAGACUUGUAGGAAUCUGCUCUGA